AUGUCUGCCUUCACAUCUAUCGAAAUUCGAGAUACUGCGACUCUCCGUCCUAGCCCCCUUCCCGCGCAUUACGAGUUUCUCCAAGCACCAAGUCCACGGCGGAAAUAUCGAAUCAAUUUCCGGCAUCCAGCAUAUGCGCAUAAUGACAACCUCCUCUUCACUCUGUAUGCUUGGGAUCAUGCUGAUGGUGGAAUUCACCAUGGUUUAGCACACUGUGCUUGUUCAAUCUUCGCAGACAAUCGCAUCGAUGGUUACUUCAGCAGAACCUGCAAUGAUGAACAUGGCGAGCGCAUCGAUGCUGCUUGGGACGAUAUCCUACCAGCCGCAGACGCAGACUAUUACUUCUAUGUUCCCUACCCUUCUGAAUCUCCAUCACCUCCUCCCAACGAGUCCCGAACACCCUACCGCUGGCAUAUCGUGACGAACUUUCAGGACUGGCAAUUUCCACAAGUUGCACAUGAGGUUUUUACUCGCUGUGCCGGCUCCCAGGACACCGUUACAAAUACUUCUGCGCAGUCAACCUUGACAGCAGCGAUACGCCAGCGCGACCUCACUUGUCGAGUGACAGCAUUCGAAAGUGGCACCGAAGUUGCACAUUUGGUUCCCGAACACGAAAGACAAUGGUUUUUGACGAAUUCUAUGACAAUGUGGAAUAACGACUUGACAUUGGACUCUGAAAACCUACUGAGAGACCUCAGCAAUGCAGUCCUUCUUCGAUCGGAUCUGCAUACGGCCUUCGAUCAGCGCAAAUUCGUCUUCUUUCCCAAGGGCCCCGACGACCUUGUCGUGCAUAUGCUGGAACCAACCACCGAUAUUGGGCAAUUAUACCACAACACGCGUGUCAGCAUUCCCCAAUGCAGUUUGGAAUUCUUGUAUUCGAGGUUCGCGUGGGCCAUAUUUCCUUCCCUUUCGGGAUUUCUGAGCAGACCAGGCAGAAGUCGACUCGUCGUUCGACUGAGGGGUAAUGCGGGCGAGCGAGUGGUAGAGGAGGUCAACACAAAUGCGCUUUCACUGGCAAAGAGAGCGACGGCUUCCCGUAGCAUAAGCCCUACAAAACGAUCUAGAGCUGUGGCUGAUCUGGAUGAAUGUGAUAUUGAGUACAAUGAAGCCAAGCGCAACCGAACCUACCAAAUUUCGAACACUCUGCCUUCGUUCAACUCUACUCUGCCAACACUUGACGAAGAUAAUGACAAUCAGCCAAAAAUUCCGGGCUCUGAGAUUGAAACAGCGAAUAAUCCACACUCUCCUACCAGCUUUGAGAUCAGUGAAUCUCACGAUAUUUACUCAGAACAAUUCCGUAUCGAAAAGCUUCGGUGGGAAGCACUGAAACAUCAAAGGCCGAAAGGAUACAUCGCACAACGGCCAGAAUAUGACAGGAACAGACCAGCGAGGGAAGAGCUGGAAAUGAUGGGCGUAGAAAUCAGAGACGGAUUCGAUGAUGAUGAUUUUGGGUAA